GUCUCAGAGAUGGACUCGCAGUUUGAAGAAAUGGAGCAAAAAAUACGCAAGCUUGAGGAGGACAACAGAAGGAUGAGAGAAGGAUCAUUUAAGGCAAUCAGUAAGAUACAAGUGCUCGAACGCUUACUUGAAGAAUCAAAGCGGCGGGAGAAAGAUAUGACUUUGGGUCUGAAAAGGGCAGUGGAGCAGACCAAGAUAUGGAGUAAAGAAAAAGACACACUCCUUGAAGAAAAAAUGACACUUAAUCAGCAGGUGCAAGAUCUCAAUAAAAAGGUCGCAGAGCUUACUCUCGAGAUGAAAAAAUCGCUGCAGCAAGAGCGGAAGUCUUUGCCUGAAGUAGCGGAACAAAUGGGACAAGAAAGUUGCUCGUGUGAAAAAGAAAAGAACGCUCUUUUGAAAGAGAAAAAGACUCUUCAAAAUCAACUAACUGUUUUAAGAAAUAAGGUAACGGAACUCAAUCUUGCUUUGAAGAAGUCGCAAAAGCGAGAACAGGAGCUCUCAGAAAUGACCAGACCCCGGCAAAAAUUUACCCACAACGGAUUGAUUCAAGCCUCGUGGUAUCCUGUCCUGCGUGUGCAAUGGCCGCGAAUUCAUCGACUCUCGACCACAGAGCCCUAUAGCUGGUCAAUAAUGUAUACGGCAGCGAAAUGUUGCAUAUGUGACAAAGGACCAUUUCCUUUGAAAACACUCUAUGCUCAUCUACGACGUGUUCACAAAUGCCCUAACGAAGACGUCACGAAGAUACAGAAUGCUAUCAAGAGAGCAAUGUAUGACGGAAAAGAAGAAGAGCCAUGCAAUAUAUGUGGAAAAAUCUACUUUUCCUCUAGUGGGUUGAGGACGCAUAAGAGACUUCGUCACAAGAAAGCUAAUGCUCCGGGCGAAUCGGCGCCAAAGGUUCAACAUUGUGUCGUUUGCCCAAUUUGCAACGAGCAGUUCUACAGCACUCUGGAUUUGGCCGAGCACUGUGGAAAAGAGCACAGUGACGGUACUACGGAUUUUAGUAUCGUAGAAAAAGUUUUCAAUACAUGGUCGGACUUUGAGAUGUGGAGAGAAGAAAAAGAGAUGGAAACUUCUACAAAACUGGUGAAGAGGACGUUUAGAAAGAGUAAUACUUGGACCACCAUCAUGUACACUUGUCAACAUUCUCGUGGAAGCGUGGAACCGCGGGAUCCCAGCAAACGCGCCAGAAAGAAGACACGUACGUGCAAAAACUGCCCAUGCUUUGUCAAGGUCCAACUUCACAGAGAUGGCUUAGUAGAAGUCGUUUCUUGUUUUGGACACUGUGGGCAUCCUCAUCCACUGCCAACAUCCACAGAGAAUGAAAACUCUGUGGAUCACGAACUGGCCAACACCAGUGCAAGUGGUGCUUAUACUCUGGAUCCAAGCACGUCUUCGUAUGAAAGCUCUAGUCAGGCCUGCAGUAACGAUGAUUUCGAUAUAGAUGAGGAAGAAGUCGAAGAACAUGGAGAAGGUGAAGACGAGGUCAUUAUCGUUGACGAUGUUCCUCAGCCAAUACCGAAUGAAGACACCGUCGCCAAAGAGAAAACUUUGGAGGCAUAUAGGCGAUUUGAGCAAAAACUUCUACAAGUAGUCGAACCAAUUUCGGGAAACAAAUGGAUGCUCAGCCCGAGAUGUCGUGAUCGCGUUUAUAUGUUCCAACACAUACGGAUGAUCUGGAAGUUGAUCCGUCAAGUGCUUUACGACAUAACAUUCCUUGCUAUAUUGCUUCGCUGUGCAGCUUAUGAUCUAUUCUCAAAAUUCCUCGUUUCAGCAAUGUCAUCAGAGCCUAAAGCAGAUGAGGUGGACGAGUCGAUCCUAGAUGAACCAGUUGAGGGAGCUAAUCUAACAGCAGUCGAGGAUAUCGAUGAGUCAAUACUGGAUCAUGAAAUUGAGAUGGAUGCUCCUUCAAACGCAACAUCGGAGUUGCACUCGGACGCGCACUCGGAGGCAAGUGUUGCACACUUCUCGCAUGAAAUGAAAGAGGAAACGUCAAAUGAUGCACCACAGACGGAUCAUACGGAUACAGAAGACAAGCCGCAGUCGAAUGGAGAUUCUCCACCCAAGAAAACACCUACGAAAAGAUCCAGACGAUCGAGAGCUAAGCGAAAUGAAACGGAUGAUGAGAUAGAUGAAGAAGAAAAGGACGACGAUUUGGAAGGCGACUUCAAAGCGAUGAUGACCAACGCUGAUAGGAAAAUCAAUGUUGGUGAUGAUUUCCAAGCUCGUGUGGAGGAUUCACACAAAGACGAUCAGACACUUCCCCAGUUGUCAGAGGAGGAAGAGGACGAGAGGGAAUAUGUUAUGUGGCGUGCUCCUCCGGGUGAAUUGGAUGAAACGAAGCUUAUGGAUUAUUGUGAAGACGCAAUUGGAGUGUAUAAGUUGACCUAUGACAGAGCUUUGUACAUCCUGCAAAAAUCGAAUUUCAAUUUUGACGUGGCCCGAGAGAAGGUGAAGCGAAGGCGUCUCAUAACCGAGGAAUGGUCCGAAGACGAUCGCACCCUAUUCAAACAAGCUUUCCAUAUGUUUGGCAAAAGAUUUGACAAAAUUCGUCAGACGAUGCCUCACCGCUCAAUGGCAUCUAUCGUCCAGUUCUAUUACAACACUAAAAAGGACACGGAUUACAAAAGCCUGUUCGACAGUAGAAUCGCUGACGAUACAGAUGAGGAAGAAGGAUCCGACGAUGAACUUGACUAUGAGGAUGGCCUUUGCGAUAACUGUGGUGAAGAAUGUCGUACGCUGCAGCCGAUUGAUGAAGUUAAACUUUGCUAUGUAUGCCGAAUGUACUACAAACUUAUGCGAAAGCAUCGUCCAUGUAACUAUACUGCGGCCAUCAGUGAGUUCCGUCAAAGGAAGGCUCGCAAAUGUCCCGAAGACAUGCAAGACAUCGCCCACGAAUUUGUUGAGAUGGCUAAGCUUGUCGACGUAAGCGAGUGUGAUAAUGAGGGUGUGCAAGUGGUUCAGAGCCCGAAAACUAAGUGCAGUGAGGAGACGAAAGCGGUGAUGAGGGAGUUAACAAAAGUUCGCUCAAGAGCCAUACGACUUGAGUGCACACUGAAAUCUCAACGAGCGGAAGGGCUUAUGAAUGGCUUGGAUUCAUACAGGCAUCUUGUUUCGAAAGAAGAUCGACGUGAUGAUGAUGGGAGCUCACGUCGCGAUCGAGUGCGAGGCAGUCACACCUGGACUGAAGAGGAGCGAAUGAUUGCUUUUCAUUGUCUCCUUCGCUAUGGAAGAGAUUUUGAUGCAGUUGCUGAGGUGCUUGGUACGAAAACGCCUGACAAAGUGAAGAGCUUUUAUACUGAGAUGAAGGAAGAUAUUGACAAAUUACUAGAAAAGGAAACUCAAGCGGAUGAAGAGAUGAUCACUUCAUUUGACGUUGAAAAGGAAUUGGGCGCGGAAACGACGAAGCCUGUGGAAGUCGUAAACCUUGAUUGACUACGAAAAAUUAUGGAGUUUCUUUUUGUGAUGAUCUCAAAAACUCACAAAAGUUGACAUAUAGGGUCACUCGGAACAUGUUGAGCAACAGUUACACAAGCCCCACUUUUUGCAUGUGUCUUUUUCUUUGUUUCUCAAAUGUUUUCCCUACUGAAUUAUCAAUGUUGUUUGUCUAUUGCUGUUCUACAAUUUUACAUUUGCAUUCACCUAAAGUAGUACGAAAUUUGCAAAUGAGUAAACUUGUAUCUAAUCU